AAGAUGUCAGCUACCUGUGUCAAAAACAAUGUUUUCAGUUCUCACAAACUUUUCUAUUAAUUCACAGUGCGUAGGGAAAACUACAAUACACAAACAUGGUUAUAACUAUACGUUUGAAUGUAUUUUGUUUGUUAUUUGCAUUAGUUUUGCUACUGUGCUUCCCAUGCCACUCAGAGACUCCUGAGGCUGAGGCUGAUGAGGAUAGAGUUGAAAAUGAUUGCGAGGAUGAAGAUUGUGUUAUGCAUGAAAAGUUAAAAUACACGAAAGAACAUAGAUGGAGCCACUAUUUAGAAGAAAUUGAAUCAGCUCUAGCAAAGUAUGAGCCAUGUUCACAAGCAAACUGCAGCUGCCACAAGAGUGUGAUAGAGGCAGAUCUGUCGUUGUGGGUAGAGGAUGGAGUCAGACGGGACAUGCUGGAUCAACUGAAGGAUAGAGGAACCACAUACCAGAUCAUUGAACAUAAACUCUACAGAGAGGAAAAAUGCAUGUUUCCGUUCAGGUGUAAAGGAGUCGAACACUUCAUCCUCGAGAUUAUUGACGAUCUUCCCAACAUGGAGUUCAUUCUAAACACACACGACUAUCCACAGACCAUCCGCAGACUGAAACCUGGGCCGGUCUUUUCCUUCAGCAAGACAGGCGUGCAUGCUGAUGUUAUGUACCCAGCGUGGAGUUUCUGGGAGGGAGGUCCAGCUAUUAGCCUCUACCCAACAGGAAUAGGUCGGUGGGACCUGCACCGAGACACUAUUGCAAAAGAGGCGGCGAAAUGGCCGUGGGAGAAGAAGAAGCCGCUGGGAUUCUUUCGUGGUUCGCGGACGACGGGGGAGAGGGACGCGCUGGUGCUGCACUCACGCAGCCAUCCGGACGCCGUCGACGCUCAGUACACGAAGAAUCAGGCGUGGCGGUCGCUGAAGGAUACUCUGGGUGUAGAACCAGCAUCUGAAGUUAAAUUUGAAGAUCAUUGUCACUACAAGUAUCUGUACAACUUUCGCGGUGUGGCAGCAAGUUUCAGGCUCAAACACUUGUUUCUUUGCAAGUCGUUAGUCUUUCACGUCGGGGAAGAGUGGAAGGAAUUCUUCUACCCUGCAUUGAAACCCUGGGUUCAUUACAUACCCAUCGCCACAGAUUUCGGCAAUGCGUGGGAGCUGCUCGAUUUUGUAAAGGAGAAUGACGAGGUCGUUAGGCAAAUUGCAGAAAGGGGUCACGAGUUUGU